CACGCAUAGAUAGAAAGAUAUAGAGAUGGAUCCGGAGGCCUUCACGUCAAGUUUGUUCAAGUGGCAUCCGCGAGAAGUGGUGCCAGCACCGAGCCGUCUGCUCGAGGCGGUGGCACCACCGCUCCAUCCGACGGCAGCUUACUCGGUGAGGCCUAGGGAGCUGUGUGGGAUGGAGGAGUUGUUUCAGGCUUAUGGGGUAAGGUACUACACGGCUGUGAAAAUAGCAGAGCUUGGAUUCACUGUGAGCACACUUCUGGACAUGAAGGACGCGGAGCUUGAUGACAUGAUGAGCAGUUUGUCUCAGAUUUUCAGGUGGGAUCUUCUUGUUGGGGAAAGAUAUGGUAUAAAAGCGGCGGUCAGAGCUGAGAGAAGGAGGCUUGAGGAGGAGGAUUCUCGGCGUAGAAAUCUAUUAUCAGGAGAGACUAACAACGCUUUUGAUGCUCUCUCCGGAGAAGGGUUAUCAGAGGAGCCAAUGCAGAAAGAUAAGGAAGCGGCAGGGAGCGGCGGAGGUGGAGCGUGGGAGGUGCCAGCAGGAGAGAGGAAGCAGCAGCAGCGACGGAGGAAAGGGCAGAGGAGGGUAGUGGAUAUUGAUCACGAUGAUGAAAACGAGGACGAUGAAAAUGGUGGUUCCGUUGGGAAUGAGAGACAGCGUGAGCACCCAUUUAUUGUCACGGAGCCUGGGGAAGUGGCACGUGGGAAAAAGAACGGCCUCGAUUACCUCUUCCAUCUCUACGAGCAGUGCCGUGAAUUUUUGAUACGCGUCCAAAACAUUGCCAAGGACCGCGGAGAAAAAUGCCCCACUAAGGUGACAAAUCAGGUAUUUAGAUACACCAUGAAGGUGGGAGCGAGCUACAUCAACAAGCCCAAAAUGCGACAUUAUGUGCACUGCUAUGCCCUUCAUUGCCUGGAUGAAGAGGCCUCCAAUGCACUGAGGAAAACUUUCAAGGAUAGAGGAGAAAAUGUUGGAGCUUGGAGACAGGCAUGCUACAUGCCACUUGUGACCAUAGCAGCACGUCAAGGGUGGGAUAUUGAUGCUAUUUUUAAUGCACAUCCUCGUCUCGCCAUUUGGUAUGUACCCACCAAGCUUCGUCAACUCUGUCAUGCAGAGCGCAACAGUGCUGCAGCCUCCAGCUCUGUGAUCCCUGGUGGGGGUGAUCAUUUUCCUUUCUAAGGCUUCUUGGUUUGGAAAAUUUUCUCUAAAGCCUAGUUAUACUUUGUGGUGUUGUUGUAGGUUAUGACAAGUGCCAAAUGAUGGAUGCUUACACUUCACAUCCAUAGUUUACUAUGUAUUACUCAAAAGGACAAGCUAUUUUCAUUGAUCA